AUGGCCCUAUUUGACAAAAGAUUCUACAAGCAUGUUGUCCAGAGUGUGGAGAAGUUCAUCCAAAAGUGCAAACCAGAAUACAAGGUGCCCGGCCUUUACGUGGUGGACUCCAUCGUCAGGCAGUCGCGUCACCAGUUUGGCAUGGAGAAGGACGUUUUUGCUCCACGCUUCAGCAAGAACAUCAUCGCCACGUUCCAGCACCUCUACCGCUGCCCUUCAGAUGAUAAGAGUAAGAUAGUGCGAGUCCUGAACCUGUGGCAGAAGAAUGCGGUCUUCAAGAGUGACAUCAUCCAGCCUCUGUUGGACAUGGCGGCAGGGAUCGCCCCGCCCAUCGUCACUCCCAUCAUGCCCAGCAGCGCUUCUCAAGUCAAUAACACAACACCUGGUCAGCCCAAGAGAGAUGCAUCAUUAUACACUCUGACAAU